AUGAACUCCCACCUUACCUCCCUCAUCAACCUCACCGCCCACGAUACCUUUGAGAACCUCUCUCAUCAACGCACCCAACCCACCACUCCAUCUCCCUUCUCCACCAUCCGCGCCACCAACAUUUCUAACCCUCGCUCCGCCCAACCCAUCGACUACUUCACCGAUUACCAGCAACUCCACGAACAGCUAGAAGCCACAGGCCUGCUGUAUCAGCGGAAGAAACAGACGGUACAACCCACCUACACCAUCUCUGAGCUGACCGCCUCAGACAAACAGCCACUGAAGGAACCAGUGAUCGAAGGGCACCCGACCAAGUGCCGCUGUGUGAACUGCGUGCGGGAACGCAAACGUCGCCAGAGUCGGGGUGGGAGUCAGCAAAGUCACGGCGAGCCUGAUCUGAACGACAAGUUCUAUCACUGCGACCUGGUGGAGGAUGAGCGCCAGCGUCACCGGGCUCGAUUAGAGGAGGUGUGUGGACGUCAGCAGCGAGAGCAGCGACAGGCGCAGCAGGUAGCUCUAGCGUUGGCACUGAAGGAGGAGCGUCGUCGACAAGACGAGUUGCUCUAUGUUGAACUUCCGAAGAGACUGCGCACUUUGUGUAAGCUGGCGUUGCCGGUUAUGUGUGUUCGUCCGACGCCGAGGGUUACGUCGACAUCUCAGGGUGAACAGGGGGGGGGGUGGCAGGUUAUGAGUCGGAAGGGGAAGAAGGCGAGGAGACGUAUGAGUCUUGCCUGGUUAGACUAA